CCCGAGGCCCCAGCGAUGCUGACGGCCGCCCUGCUCCUGCUGCUGGUGCUGCUGGCCCUGGCCGUGCUGGGGGGCGGGCGGGGGGCUCGCAGGGGGGGCGGCCUGAGCGCCCUGCCCGGCCCCUGGGCCCUGCCCCUGGUUGGGGGGCUGCCCCACAUGCUGCACCCGGAGCUGCCCCUGCACCUGCUGGAGCUCGCCCGGCGCUACGGGCCCGUCUACCGGCUCCGCCUCGGGGCCAAGGACGUGGUGGUGCUGAACAGCGUGGAGUCCAUCCGCCAGGCGCUGACCCAGAAAUGGUCCGAUUUCGCCGGGCGCCCCCCCAGCUUUGUCGCGGAUCUCAUCUCCCUGGGGGGCCACGAUCUGUCCCUGGGCGACUUCACCCCCAGCUGGCGGCUGCAGCGCAAAGCGGCUCACUCGGCCCUGGCCCGCGCCCAGCGCCUGCAGCUGGACCCGGUGCUGGGGGCCCAGGCGGCCGCGCUCUGCCAGGUUUUCCGUAGCUAUGGGGGGGCCGCUGUGGACGUGGCCCAGGACUUCUCGCUGCAGACGUGUCGCACCAUCUGCGCCCUGGCGUUCGGCCCCAUGAUGCCGGACGCCGCCGCCACCCGGGACAUCCAGGCCUGUAUCACGGAGCUGGUGGAGCUGUGGGGCCGGGGCGCCGUGCGGGCGCUGGACGCGCUGCCCCUGCUCAGGGUGUUCCCCAGCGGGGCCCUGCGGCGGCUCUUGCAGCAGGUUCGGUUCCGAGACGCCUUCGUCCGGGCCCAGAUCCAGCGGCACCAGGAGUCGCUGCGCCCCGAGUGCGCCCGGGACAUGGUGGAUCACAUGCUGCAGCUGCUGGGGGAGCGGCGGGGGGCCGGGGGGGACCCCGCGGCGGAGGGGGGCCUCACCCCGGAGCACGUUCACAUGGCGCUGGUGGAUCUCUUCAUCGGGGGCACCGAGACCACGGCCGCCCUGCUCACCUGGGCCGUGGCCUUCCUGCUGCACCACCCGCAGCCUCUCGGGCUUCGCCAUCCCCAAGGGAACCACCGUGAUCCCCAACCUCUUCGCCGCCCACCACGACGCGGGCACCUGGUGCCGCCCCCUGGAGUUCAGGCCAGAGCGGUUCCUGGAGGCGGACGAGCCCCGGCUGGCCCAGCGCAACCUGCUGCCCUUCAGCUGCGGGGCCCGGGCCUGCCUUGGGGAGACCCUGGCCCGGGCCGAGAUCUUCGUCUUCCUCGGGCACGUCCUGCGCCAGUUCCGGCUGGAGCCGCCGGCGCCCGGCGCCCUCCCGGCCCUGCGGGGCGUGUUCGGCACCGUGGUGCGGUGCCCCCCGUUCCGGGUCCGCUUCCUGCCCCGGGGGCCCCCCGAGACCCCAUAGCCCCCCCUCCGCAUCCGCCUCCUGCCCCGGGGGCCCCCCGAGACCCCAUAGCCCCCCCUCCGCAUCCACCUCCUGCCCCGGGGGUCCCCCGAGACCCCAUAGCCCCCCCUUCGUGAGACCCCCUGAGCCCCUGGCCCCACAUAACCCCCUCACCCCUGCGGAGCCUCCCGGGACACCCUGUGCCCCAAAGGAGUGCCCUGCACCCCCAUCUCCAUCCCGUCUCACACCCGUCUGGCGCCCGGAGCUGCUGGGCCCGCUGACCCGCCCCCAGGCAGCCGGGUUUGCAAGUCCCCGACGCCUGCCCGAGCCCCACACGCCGGGGCGGCUCCGUGUUAAUAAACCUGCUUCCUCCUGCCCCACAACAGGGGGUUUGCUGGGGAGCUCAGCUCCGUCCCAGGGCCGGGGCGUGUCCCCCCACAGCGGGGGGGGGCAGGCUCGGGGGUGCAAGGCCGGGGCUGGGGGGCCCUGGCUGUGUGUGUCGAGAGCGGCUCGAGCCGGGUGUGGGGCUCCCCGUGGGGCUGAGGGAUCACAGCAUGGGGGGGGGGUCACUGGCCCGGCUCUGGGAGAGGCAGCGCAGGCUAGGGAGGGAAGGGGGCCCAGCGGUGCCACGGGCCCAGGCUGCACCCCGGGGACCCCGUCACCCCCCCACAGCCCCA